AUGGAAAGCUCAAAGAGAUGUAAUCAUGGGGACCUUCUAAGAGAGUUGCCUGAUGUGUUAAUAUUUGACAUAUUUUGGAGGUUGCCAAUGACGGAUGUGGUUAGGACAUCUGUUCUAUCGAAAGGCUGGAGGAACUUUUGGACCACUGCCCCCUUUCUCAAUUUCGAUAAUCGUGCUAUGUUGUUUGAUGAUAAUAGUAAGCUUCAGAAUUUUGUUAAUCAAGCUUUGUCAUGCUGGAAUGGGAAUAGGGUUUUGAAGUUCAGGUUUCAUUCGCAUAAUGAGAUUGCGAGUUCAAUGUUUAGUGAUGUUGAUUGGUGGGUGAAUUUUGCCCAGAGAAAUGGAGUUAAAGAAUUAGAUUUACAUGUGUUGUGCAUUACUAAAAGAGCUUGGCCUGGUUUUGAUGGUAAGGAAGUUUACCGCGUGCCACCGUGCCUCUACUCUUACUCAUCCCUAAAAGAGUUAUCACUCCAAUCUUGUAACUUGGAGAUUAAUGGGAAUGUGCAGUGGAAUAAACUCGAGUGUUUGAAGAUUAAUGCUUUUAGGGCCGCUCCAGAUGUGAUUGGCCAAAUAUUGUCUAGUACUCCUCAGUUGAAAGUCUUUUACCUGACUUAUGUUGACAAAGGUGGAAUAUUGAGUAUCCAAUCUAAUAGUUUGAAAGAGCUGUCUAUUGACAAGUACAUUAUGGGGCCGGAUGAUUUCUUUGUGCUUUCCGAUCUGAGAAUCUGUACCCCGAAUCUUGAAUCAUUAGAGAUUAAAGGACUUCCAUAUAAGAAGUAUUUUCUGACGGAUGUCUCAUCUUUGACGCGUGCAGUUCUUGGUUCGGUGCCUUUUGGUUUAGGCCAUUUUUUGCAGGUUUGGUUGUCAAAGGCAUUGAGUCAAAUUCUUCAAAGCAUUCAACAUGUGGAAAACGUCGCAUUAUCAGUCUGUUGCCCCAAGGUGGUUGGAGGUUUGAAAAUGAAUUUUAGGCACUCAGCUUUUCCCAAUGUCAAAUCCCUAGAACUCAGAUGUUGUUUGGAUGACUGCAAACAAGCAGUAGGUGUUCUAGCGAUGUUCCCUCAGUUGGAGACAUUAGUCAUUAGAGGCAAGAAAGAAGACGGCCUCCAAGAUGACACCGAGCCACUCAAGUUUGAGGCAAAUAUUCCUGAGUCCUUUCUUCUUCGGUUGAGGACAAUUGAGGUUACUUGGUCUGAUCAGGGCUACGACAUAUUCCCAUUGAUUGAGAUUCUGUUAAAAUACGCAAGCAAGCUAGAAAAGAUUGUUUUCCAAUUAUAUACAAUCAAGUCGCCUGCACCAUCAAAUUCUUUGUCUUUGGUGUCACAGAAACUGAAGGGGAUGCAGAGAUCUUCGACUAACUGCACAAUUAAUCUCACCCAGUUAAGCCUUUAG